CAAAAGCAGAAAGUACUUAAUUUCCUCUCUGGUAAAAGUUAUUAAUCGUUCUAGAGAUGAACUUGUGUAAAAUCAUACAGGAGUCGAAUAAAUUAUGUAAAAUGCUGAGAAGCUGCGUAACAGAUCAUUGGGUGUCCGAACAAAUGGAUAUUCGCACUUCGUCCCGGGCACGUGAUCGACCGUAAAUCCAUUAACAUGAGAUGAUGAGCGCGGUUAUAGAUACAAAGGCGAAAGCAUGGUCGCCCGCAUUUCCCAUCAAAACUCCGGACAAUAUCGUUUCCUCACAGUUCGUGUCGCAGAAAGUGUUCGUUCCGUCUUAUGAGAAAGAAAAGCGUCCGUGUAUAGAACAAUUACUGACGAAUGAAUAUCAACGCAUUUGGUGGGAAGAGAAGGAAAUAUGGGAUAAGAGAUACAGCAGGAAGACGGCAACCAAAAAAUUAUUGUUACGGGGGGCAGUUAAAAGGAAACCGCGCAACGUGCCUUCCUAUCCAGCUGAAAUACCAAAACCAGAUAAAAAAUCCAAACCAAAGAAGAAAGCUGAAAAGGCUACGGAGACGGAAGAUGCGAAAAAAGUAGAAGCGAAAGCUACUGAUUGCGACGAAAAAUCAGAAGCAGUUACACAAACUGAUGCUAUUCAGGUCGACAAAGAGGUGUAAAUUUCGUCAGUCAUAAAUUCAAAUAUUUUCGUAUAACGUGUAAAUGGAUCAAAUGAAUCCAUUGUGCUUUUAUUAUGUCAGAUGUAUGCGAGAAGAAUUAAUAGAAACCUGUUAGGCGAACAAUUAUUCCUCCCUGUGACUUUAUAAAUUACGUAAUGAAAAUGAAAAUUGCCUCAGAGUUAUUCGUAUGCGUAAACAACGUCAUGACCGCGUUUAAAUACCUUUAAAGGGUGACAAUAGUAUUAACAAGAAAGUCACAUGACAUUUAAAAAUCAAUGGAUCUCCUCUCAAAUAUUUAUCGAAUUUUUAUCACGUCUUUUUCUUAUUUAUACAAGAACUUUAUAAUAUUAGUACUCACCCAAGCUGGUCUAGUAUGAUAAGA